AGCAAAGCAAUGGAGAAUGUUCAGCCAGUGCGGAAGGCAAGCCAUUGACCAAGAAUGCCCUUAAAAAGCUUGAAAAGGAGCGAGCCAAGGCUGCAAAGCAAAAGGAAGUCGCUGACCGACUCGCAGCAGAAAAGGCAGCACGCGAUGCAGCGGCAAAGCAGGAUGUGGCCAAGGAGUUUUAUGGUAGGAAAGCAAUGAAUCAGUCGACUGAGGCGCAAGGUGCUGCCUAUGACCAGAUCAAGGCCUUAUCACCUGCACGAGAUGGUGAGACAGUCUUGUUGCGUGCCAGGCUACACAAUUCACAGGCAAAGGGUGCCAAGAUGAGCUUUCUGCUGUUGCGACAGGAGCUGGAUUCGGUGCAAGCGAUUGUGCAAGCCAAUAAAGAGUCUGUUAGUACGCAAAUGGUCAAGUGGUGUGCAGGUCUGAGUCUCGAAUCGAUUGUGCUGGUUGAGGCUGUGGUGAAGAAGUCCCCCGUGGCUAUCCAAUCUGCCUCUGUGACGGAUGCAGAGUUGCACGUUACCAAGAUUUACCUCGAGUCAGAGGCACCCGACAAGCUGCCAUUCAUGGUGGAGGAUGCAUCACGCAGUGAACAAGCCAUCAAGGAGUCAGAGGAGAAUGCCAAGGAGGGCGACUCACACUAUGUGCGCGUCCAACUGGACACGCGUCUCAACAACCGUGUGCUCGACUUGCGAACGCCAACAAACCACGCCAUCUUCAAGAUUUCUGCUGGAGUACGACAAAUCUUUCGCGAGUUUCUCUACAAGCGCGACUUUAUGGAGAUUUCAACGCCGAAGAUUAUCGGCUCUGCGUCUGAGGGUGGCGGCAACUUUUUCAAGAUGCCGUACUUUAAGGAUGAAGCGUACCUGGCACAGUCGCCGCAGCUGUACAAGCAGAUGCUCAUCUCUGCCGACUUUCCACGCGUGUUUGAGACUGGGCCCGUCUUUCGUGCAGAAAACUCGUUUACACACAGGCACAUGACUGAGUUCACGGGACUCGAUUUGGAGAUGAGCUUCGAGAGGCACUAUCAUGAAGUGCUUGAGACGAUUGAGUCGCUGUUUAUCCAUUUGUUUACGGAGCUGAAGACGCGCUAUGCCAAGGAGAUUGAAACAGUCAAGAAGCAGUUCCCUGUGCCAGACUUUGUGCUACCUGCAGAUGGCAAGCCUGUACGAUUCACAUUCAAGGAGGCUGUUGAUAUUCUCAUCAAGCACGGCAUCCGUCAACCCAGCGAUGAAGCCUAUGUCACGGAUAUGGACACAACUGAAGAACGUGCUCUAGGGCCAGUGAUUCGCAAGGAGUACCACACUGACUUUUAUGUGAUUGACAAGUUUCCUACAGCGGUCCGGCCAUUCUACACGAUGCCGGACCCAGAGGACCCGACAUUCAGCAAUUCGUACGACUUUUUCCUGCGUGGAGAGGAGAUUUUGUCUGGUGCACAGCGUAUUCACGACCCCGUCUUUUUGAUGGAGCGUAUGCGUGCAUUUGGCGUGGACCCCGAGGGGCCUGGCUUGAAGGACUAUGUGGAUGGGUUUAAGCUUGGCUGUCCGCCGCAUGCUGGCGGUGGCAUUGGUCUUGAGCGAGUUGUGUUUCUCUUCCUCGACCUGGGCAACAUUCGGCGAGCAUCCCUGUUUCCGAGGGACCCGAAGCGUCUGUCGCCCUGAUCCUCUACGUACAAUAUGAUCAAAAUGCUGUGAUCUACUGAGGACUAAGUGAGUAACAUCAUACUAACAUGUGUCCGUGACGUCAUGGCCGGCCCUGCUGGAUGACGUGACGGCGGCCUGCCCAGC